GAAAAAGCAAAAAGCUGCUCAGUAUUAUCAACGAGCAGAAGAAAUUUAAAUUCUUCUCUGAGUAUGUAGUACUUGUUUCGUUCUGGCGUCCUUUACAUUUUAGGAGAUCCACCUUGUUUUGCUUUCGCGUUCCAGAAUAUCUUCUUGCUUUCGGUUAAGUAUGGGGACGAUCAGCUUUAUGUGUUUUAGAUCCAGAGAUCAGGGGAGGUGUAGCCUUCUUUUGGCAAACAUAUCUAAAACUCCGUUCCUUCUUUCUAGAGGGCACCAGAGGGACAAGGCACAGACCAAGAGCGAGAUUCCGUUAAGGACAAGCGAUUUAAAUCGGUUGAAAGACCACAAAAAAAAAUGCGUGUCACCCCCAUCUCGGCCUCCGUGCUGUUGCUGCCGGCCCUCACUGAGGCCACAAAGCUGUCGCUUUUCAAGAGACUAAAGAACGAGCCAGAGCUAUCCUAUAUAAAAACGUCCCCGCCCCAUAGUCAAGAUGAUCAACCGGCUAGACAAAUCCACGAGUUUUGGUUGUUUCGCAUGACAAAUUUCGACUCGUGGUGUAGUGCUGUCUGAGCUAGUUCAGCAGCAUCACAGAUCUAGUAUGUCACGCUGAUUGGAGCAUGACAAAUCCCAAAACACGACUAGAAAAUGCAUCGCAUGGGGCUCCGCAUGAGAAACAUUCUCAGCAUGCAGAUUUGCAUUACAGCUAUGGCGUGGGGACGUUUUUCAAUACGAUAGGAGCCGUGGGCCUGCUACAUGAGCGGUGCGAAGAAGGCCUACAUGGGUACGGUGCAGUAUCGCAAGAGAAAACUGCUUCACUGUGAAAUUGUGAUGCAUAAAAUUCAGCACAAAGCUAUUUGUCUUGCUACACUUCUGUAAGAUGUCGCAUUUUUGAGAGCGCUUUCUUUCAUCCCUUGGGAAGCGCGCAUGGCAAAUUUUCUGUGUCAUGUUUUAUCCCAAUACUUGUGAUGCAAUUCUUGCAAAAUCGUCACAGUAAAAAAGUUUUUUAGUGGGAUAUGCAGGUCGCAACGAGUGGUCAGAAGUGCAUGCAGUGGUCGGAUGCGGCGAACGAUGACAAGAUCGCGACAUUUAAGCAGGACGUAAGUUUAGUUGAUUUAGAUAAUUUUCGGAAAUUCAUUUUGCUGUACAUCACUGAUUUAAAAUUGAAGUUGAGUCUCUCGGAUUUGGAUAUUAGAUGCGUAUAGCACCGUCGUUGCAGAUCAUCCAAUAGUGGUGUUUGUUGCUUGUACCAUGUUGAGAGACGCAAAUUUCACCACACUGAAAAAACUAAAAAACAGACCCGCGAUGAGCCGGCCGGCACCAAGCUGGAGGGUAACUUCUGCCGCAGCUUUUCUAAAGACGAGCUCCCCUGGUGCUACACCCUGCCGUACCCAGUGCACAGAGUACAUCUGGGUCGUGUGGAAAUUUGUGUUGCUGAUGCUCGUAUUGGAGGAUAGGGGUUUGUACGGCAUAACAGCACUAGAAAUUAUUUUGCGAGGCUCAUGACUGCCGAUUCAUUCGUAACACGCAUGACAAAGACAUACUCCCUUGUAGCAUGACAAAAAUCUGCCUGAUCGUUGUCAUGCAUUACAGAUCUUGCUGUAUAAUUUCAGACCUUGCAGCACAGACCCAGACAUAUUUGCAAUGCAUAUGCCGGACGGCAAGAAGGUCGAGUGCAACGUGCCGGAGUGCCCAACCGAUGGUCCGAUAUGGAGAUGGAAAGCUUUUCUGCAUGACAAAAGGAGUCUGUAUUGCAUGACAAUCUAAAUCGUACAUAGUUAUGAAGAUGGUGACAGUUGUGAUGCUGUAUAUUUAUAAUUGCAUGGCUUACUCUUACUGCAUGUGAAAUUUGUCAUGCUCAAAAGUUUUCCAUUCCAAACUUUUGGGCCAAGGACUACAACACCGACGAGGUCCAGUCCCCCAUCAAGUGCACGGACAAAGAUGGCGCCCCCACCAAGGACUGCGACUGCUCCUGCAACGGCGUCAAGGGCAUGAAGAACUCUUUCGUCCAGACCAAGAACGGGCGAGAGGAACGAAUCUGCCACUGCCCGUAAGGAAAAUGACGGAGGAACUAAAUCUGUAACACGCGUUUCUAAAGAAGCCAGCGUACUACAACUCAGCGUAAGCUUGUCGUAGAGCUGCAACCCGCUUCCCAGAUUUAGAAUUCAAGUUUUACAGCACCAUUCGUAGAAUUCAAUGUUUCUUGUGCUUCUAAAUCUAAACCAGUGCUGUACUAUUGACACUCAGGAUAAAAGAUACACUCUUUUUCUUUUCCGAACUUGAGAGGGUUGAAUUCUACCGAGGAAUUUCUGCUUCGGAACAGACGGCCACGGCUGUAGAACAAGUGUACACAAAUGUAAAGAGGUACACACUUUGAGCUGUUCCAAAGCGAGGUGAUUGGGAUGAUUGUUGAGGUUGUGGGGCG